CAAAAAUAAUAGUAUUGUGAGUACUAACUGCCGUCAUUUUGUAGCACUUUUUAUUUAAAAAAUACUACAAUUAAAAAAUCCAGACCAGUAGCUGAAUCCCGAAUCCCCGAAAGAAGAAAAUAUUUGACGUUGACAUUUAACUGUUUACUUUUUCUGUUUUUUUACAAUACAGAAAUUUUGUAUUUUCAUUAAGAAAAGGUAUAAUAUUUUAUAUUAACAAAUAAUAUUGUACAAAUUAAUAUUCUUUAGCUUUAACGAUGUUAAGAAGGCCUCCAACGAGUAUUGAACUAAAACUGGAUGAUAUUAGUGAAUAUGAAGAGAUGAAGCAGAAUAAGGAAAAACAACAAAAAUCAUUCAGUCCACCCGUCUGGUCAGUAGCUCCUAAAACGAAUAAAGAAAUCUACGCCAGAAUUGGAUAUGUUCCUCCAGAACAUGUUCAACCACAUACAAAUAUGAUGUGAAUGCAAAUAUGAGAACCAUUUGUUAUUUUGUUUAUAAUUUUUGACUAAAUGCUGUUCAUACAUGUAGGUAAUAAACUAUUUAUUUUGUA